AUGCUUUUGAUAAAAGCAAAUCAUGCACAAACAAUACCAAUGACUCAGCAAGAAGAAGAUUGUUUCUCUGCAACUAGUUAUCUCAUCGUACAAUUAUGUUUGCAUCAAAAGGAGCCAACUAAGUUAUUCUAUGGCGAAGUGUCAACAGAAAUAUUUCCUAUAACAGAAAAACCUAAUCCAAGAGACAAAAGUGCAGUUAAAACCAAUAGAGAAUCAGAUGAACUUACGGAAAAACCAAAUCUGAAAACUGCACGAUUACCACCAGAUGCACCUGCAGCACGUCCAUUCGAACCAAGGCAACCCGAUCACAAUUAUCGAUCGGACGAACAACGAUAUAGAGAUGCUGCUCAACAAAUUCGUGUUUGUACAACAGAAGAAACAAACGAAGUAGAAUCAUUAUUAGAUCCAAUAAUUGCAUGUUUAUCUUCGAAAUUUUAUCGCAAUGUCUAUGAAAACCUCAUCGUUAAUUAUGUAAAAGUUUCCAAAAGUAAUCUUGCAGCAAAACAUUUAUUUUUCAUGCGUGACUGUCCAGAAUUUCUAUUUCGACACGAUUACAAACGACAAGACGAAGUAGCUGCUUUACUUUGUACAGAAAUGUUAAAUAAUGCUGGAUUCAUUCUCGAACAAAAUUUACCCAAUCUAAACAACAACGAAGAUGACGAAACAACAAUGAAUGUCCAUAUCGAAGCAGUACUUUAUCAUAUUAAACUGUUAAAUCAUUUUGCACAGAUACCAUCUAUACGAAAAAACUUUUUGGAAACUAGAAUACUAGAUGAGAUUUUACAACUUUUACAGAAUGAUACAUUAAUUCAUAAUACUAAUCGAAUCGUUGAUGUCAAAAGUUUGAUGAUCAUGCAAUCAAUAAUAUUAUUAUAUAAUUUGGGAUUUAGUAAAGAAAUCUUAUCUCGAAUGAAACGAAAAAAUGUGAUUGAUAUUUGUUCAAAAUUAUGUUUAAUGAAAGAUAAAAUGAUUCAAUUUGUUUCACAAGCUUUAAUCAUAAGAUUAGAUCCAAAAAAAAUUGAUGAAAUACCUAAUCCGAAAUCACUUACUAAAUUUUGUUUGGAAUGUAUGGAAAAAUCUGUUAGAGAACCACGACGUUCGUAUCAAGGUAUCAAAUUGAAUGGUGUAUUGAAAGUUCUUGAAAUUCUACUUGAAAAUGAUAUAGUACAAAAAACUAUUGUGGAAGAACAAGAAGGCAUGUUAUUUCUUACAAAAUUCGCAUGCAUCAUAUGUCCAGACAAUCCAACAUCGGAUAUUAUUAGAAAAAUUCGACUAUCAUCUUUGAAAAUUAUUUGGCAUCUCUUAUCUAUAGUACCUACAUUAAAUAAGAAACUGAAAUCAAAUGAUUUAUUCAUCGAUCAUCUUCUAACAUUCAUAAACAAAGUUUCUCAAAAAGAAAAAAUGAUUCCUAAUGGUAUUAUAUGGAAACUGGGCCAUGAAGAAACUCUUCGUCAAGAACAAGCUGGAAAAAAGAAACAAAUUGAAGAAGAUGACCGUACGACAACUGAUGAUCAAUAUGAUUCAACUGAUGCAUGGGAUGAUUCGGUCCCAUUCGAUCUUAUGAUGAGUUAUAGUGAUGAUUCCAGUGAGAAAAGUCUUUGUCGUAAAAUUAGCAAUCGUUUGAAAUCUGAAGAUUUCAAAGUAUACUUUGAAAAACAAGGAAAACAUCGACUGGAAUCAAUGAAAAAAGCCGUAUUAAAACAAAAGCUUUUUCUCGCUUGUUUAUCAGCUAAAUAUCGUGCAUCAAAAGUGUGUAUGGCAGAAAUUGAAUAUGCUUCUAAAAGUGGAUGUCCUAUUAUACCAGUGAUAGUCGGAAAAAAUUACACAGUCAAAGGUUGGUUGAAUCAUCUUAUUGGUAAACGAAAAACCUACUUUUAUGAAAAAAUAAUCCACUACAUGACUCAAUCAUCAACGACAAGUCAAUUCUAUUAUGCGUGUCGUAAUGGACACGUGGAUGAGGUUCGUGAACAAUUACCCAAAAUGACUCUACAUGAAAUAGAUCAAAUCCAAGCGAAUGGUUCUACUGCUCUCCAUGCAGCAUGCUACUAUGGUCAUGUAGAGAUAGUAAAAUUGUUGUUAAAGCGAGGCGCUAGUCGUUCUAUACAGAACGUACACAAAUGUUUGCCAUAUGAUGAAGCAGAAAAAGAAGAAAUAAAAAAACUAUUUCUUCGUGAAUCAUCGAAUCGAUUUAGUGAUGAUGGAACAGGUCACAUUGAUUGGAUGAAAUGUGAUGAUGCAGCAGCAGAACUAGCAAAUGAAUAUCGAUUUCGUCAUGCAGGUUUCGGUUGGAAAAAGAAAGAUAUUGAUCGUCGAAUGAAUUUUAUCAAAAAAGAAAUGUCUCAUACUGACAUCGAACGAGUUGGUGAAUUUCUCAAUAAUGCAGAAUUAGAACAAAAUCCAUGGUAUCUUUUGAAAGCAUAUACAGUCGAAUCAAAUUUUUAUAAAAAGCUCAAUAGAGAUCUAGCUACGAAACAUUUCGACCAAGGUACCAAUUCGGGUAUCACUUAUUUUAUCGAUUUUUUCUUCAAUCAUCCUGAAUUAGGAAAAUUAUGCUUCAAAGGUAAAGUUUAUCGUGGUAUGCCUAUAACACAAGAUGAUCUUAAACAGUAUGGUAUUGGAGGAAAAGUAAUGAAUAAAGCAUUUAUGUCGACAACCAAAGAUCUAGACAUAGCCAAAGAAUUUGCCAAAAAUAAUCUUAUUCAUCGUCAAACGGAGCAUGGCACUCAAGUAAAAAUGGCUGCCUUAUGUAUCUAUGAAAUUAUCAAUGAUCGAACAGCGCUUGAUAUUGAACAAGUAUCCGAAUAUAAAUUUGAGAAAGAAGUACUAGUAGGACCAUAUACAGCGUUUGUAAUUACUGCGAUACGAAAGAUACGUCCAGAUUAUGUAGAAAUCGAUCUUCGUGAAUGCGAAAAAGUAAAUGACGACGACGAAGAUGAUGAUAACGAUGACUAG